CAGCCGGCGGCGGCGCGGCCGGCCAGCCGCAGCGCGCUGACCCACAUCCCGGCAGCAGCGAGUUCCACUUUCCUCACAACUGGCGGUGCAGUGCGGCGGGCAGCACGUGCCUGCGAGCGGUGGCCGGCGCGCGGAGCAGAAUCGCCGGGCUGUGCGCGCUGCCAGAGACGGGCAUGAGGACGAGCCGGGUGCUACGCAGUGCUAACACGUGCUAACGAGUGCUAGCGGGUGUCGGCGAGUGCUAGCGGUCUGUCGAGAAGUGACCGGGGAGUCGUGCUAACCGGGCCGACAGUCAUGGAGCUCUGCCUACUUCUGCUCGUGGUUAUGGCGGUAGGCGUCGCCAGCACUGGCAACAACAACAACAACAACAGCAGUAGCGGCGGCGGCGGCGGCAGCGGCAGCCCGUUCCCCAGCCUACAGUGUGGCCCAGUGAACCGGAGGGGUCGGCGACUCUGGGGGAAGCCUCGACCGGUCCACCCGCCGUCAGUCUGCGAGAAGUCGGCACCGAGCCGCGGUGCCGUGCUCUGCGACGAGCCGGGAGACGACUACCCCUGGGAGGCGAUCGACAACUACCUACGCCAGUCCAGCGACGUCGUCAAGAAACGCGUCGAGAACACGCUAAAAGCCAGCAGAAUAGUGGCUGCCAACGCAGUCCGCAGACGAAACGCCCGCUCGGCUGAUCAGGUGGUCAAGGAUAGUGACGCCCAAGAGAUCACCUUCGCUACCGAUUCCAGCGACAAGAUCAGAGCAAAGAAGCAUAUCGAUCCGCCGCCAGGUAAUUUGAACAAUGCGAUGACUUGGGAAGGCUCCGGGACCCACGACGACACAGAGACUGACCCGACAUCUAUCGGUGACAGUGCAAACUUGACGUUCUCUGAGGACUUACUAGAGGGCAGUGGGGACGAGACGACCUCUAAUGAGGAUGCUAAGGCGCCCAAUGACGACCUGGACUUCUUAGUGUCGUACUUUCUGCGAGAUGAGCCUGUGGACGAUAUGACAAAAGACGCCAUCAAAGACAUGCUGAAGUUCCGCAAGACGUUUGUGACCCCCAGUGGACGUGAGGAGAUACUCGCUCCCCCGACCCAGGCGUCCGACAAACUGACUCCGACUCGGACUCCGACUUCAACUCCGACUCAGACCACGACUCCGACGACUGUGACUCUCAGUCCAGUCGAGCAAGCCCCAGCCACUGACUCAGACGAUUUCCGCGAGCAAACAAUCGCUCACCCCAAAAGCACGAAACCUAGCAAAGUAAUCCGCCUGGAGCCUGCUAAACGAUCAGAAAGCGACGUUGAGCUGAAACAGGCUGCCCCGAAUCAAAACCCCCCAGCAGACGUCCCUGAGGAUGACCUCUUGACCUCGGCAUCAGACGAAGAUCCCGUGGCAGCGAUGCCAGAAGCUCUUCCUCUCAUUGCCAGUCCGCCAAAGAUUGUCCACUUCAACCCACCUUCGGUUACAGUGCGUCAGCGCGUCACCGUUGCCAAGACAACGCCACCGCGUCCAACCACCUUCGGCCCGGAGCUGGACGACUUCACUGAGCUGGUGUACGCUAGCGGCACCCAGCGGCAACCUGAGGAAGCUGAGGUUGCGCCGCCGGCCACUCGAGCACCAGCGCCGCCGCCGCCGUCUACAGUCGAGCCCACUCCGGACCCUUACACACAGUCUGCCUGCGACUACUGGGAGGAGCUGCGGUCCCCGUUCUACGCCAUGAACACGCACAGCGAGUGGAAGACGCUCAUCAACAUGCCCAACUACGAGACCUACAUCCACAUGGAACACUGCAAGGAGGACAAAUCGCAAGGACGCUGCGCCGAGGGAUGCCGAUGCACUCAAAAGUUCACCAUCCGCAACAUGCCCGUCUAUGAUCGUGACAUCAACGGAUGCGACGUUAUCUACAUGGACGAGUUCCUGUUCCCAUCUCACUGCGACUGCAAGUGUCUUCCGCCCGGGUAUACCCUGUUCCAGAGACCACCGGAGCCCACCACUCCUCUUCCUGAGGUGGCGGAGUUUUCCGAGUCGGUCCCCGAGGGGUGGCUGCCUGAGAGACCGACGACGGGGAGGUACGGUCAGAAGGAGAAGGAAGAGGAAGAGGAAGAGAAGGAGGUGGUAAGAGAGGAGGUGAUAGAAGUGGAGGAGGCGGAUGGAGAGGAGGAAGUGGUGGUAGUGGAGGUGGUAGAGAGGGAGAAGGGUGAAGAGAAGCCAGUGACAUCUGUUGGCAGUCCGGAGAAGCUCAAGUCCGACUCUCCACCGUCGGGUGAUGAAGAACGAUCCGAAUCUCAGGAGAAGGGGACGGAAGAACGACGAUCACAAGCACGGCCACCGCCUCCGGCAAUUCGGCGUCACGUGACCGUUCGACCCCGGCCCCGACGGCCCACAGCUGGCCCCAAACUGCCCUCCCCGCGCCCGGCAGCCGGCCCUCUCCGCUGGGAACUGUUGGCACAACGCCAGCGACCGGAGCGCCGCGCGGCGGUAGACAGCGAAACUAGCCACAGAAAUCGGCUGCGCGGCCCGGCAGAGGCGCCCGCGGAGCUAAACCGCCGGUAGUGACAUCUGUCGGGACGGAAUGAAACUAGAGCUUGGCUGUGCAGGCGCUGCAACCGGCGGCGCUGUGUGAGAAUGGCACGCUCUGAGAAACCUCGCGCGUGAUACAAACACUACCAGUGGCAGCGAGGAACUUCGGGCGAAAGCGUCACUUAUGAGUGAUCAGAGACAUUCAGCAAAAGGCGUGCGCUGUUGCCACGCCAAGCCAUUGUCAUGGAACGAUACUUGUGGUAGUGUAAACCGCGAGAUGGACGUAUACCAGCGCUGCCGAGCUACGCCAAAGUGUGUGCCUACUGCCUUUUAUCCCCAGUGAGAGGACACGAGAGAGAGAGAGAGAGAGAGAGAGAGAGAGAGAGAGAGAGAGAGAGAGAGAGAGAGAGAGAGAGAGAGAGAGACGCGUGCACAACUUUGCAGCACUUCACUUGCUUUACCUGCCCCAGUAUGUUUAUCCCCGUUUCAUCACAUGUACCAAUAUACCCCAGUGUGAUGCGAGUAUUAGAUAUUGACUAGUCUGUAUUUACAAAUGACAGGGCCGCGUGAGAAAAGCGUUCAGACAUGUUCCGAUACGUCACAGCCAGUUUUGAUGAGCGAUUUGUCCACCUUCUGGGACUCAUGUUUAUACCUGCAGUGUUUUUAUUGCGUCGCGAGUGUUAUGUGUAAGUGUAUAUUGUAUACAUACCGUCUUCCCAGUACUGUUUUACAUUUGUACCAUACUUUUACUUAUGUGUUUUCAGGCUGAAUUGGCCACUUAUUGUGAUCGGAUGUCGUAACAAAUAUAACCGGACGUUGAUGCUACAAUUGUUUAGGACUCGAACACACGAUGAUUACUUUAUUUUCUCGUGUCUGCUUUUUGUAAAAACCAAAAUCCGUAUG